UUCCUCCUUUUCCUCCCUCUUCUUCUCCUCCUCCUGUCCCUCUUCCCCUUCCCUCCAGUCCCCGUUGUCUCCCAGUGCCCUGCGGGGGCUCGGGCAUCUGUGCACCCUUGCGCCCCAGUGCCCGUGCGCCCUCGAGCCGCGCCAGCCUCCCUCCCUCCUCUCCCGGGCGCAUUGUCUUGUCUUUUACGCUGUUGCAGUUUCAGCCUCCUUUCUCCGGAGGGGAAGAGGCGCCUCGCCGGUUCCAACCUCUGGCGCAUCUGGGCUCGCCUUCUGUGCCGCCUUGAGCUACGCUGAGCCUGCCUGGGCCCGGCCUCUUGCCUUUCCCUUUUUUCUUCUUCCUUCUGCCCCUUGUUCCUCACCCCACCCCCAGCCACGAUGAUGGAGCAGCAGCCGCCUCUCUGGGAUGCUCCCGCAGAGGCAGACCGCAGCCCGGAACGCCGGGAACGGCUUGGGGCCCCGCGGCCAACUCGGCUAGUCCCCGGACUGCUGCAGCCCACGGUACGGGGGCUAUUCGCCUCCCCGGACCCCGUGGCCUCCUCCUCCCCGGUCACCACACUCACGCGAACGAUGAACGACCUCACCGGCCUGGGGAGUGAGACCCCCAAGAGAAAAAAGCAAAGCCUGGCCUUCCGGAGCAGAGUAGUCUCGCUAUCCCAGGAAUCCUUGUCUUCCGAGGCCUCAGAUUCAUCAGAAUUUUCAGAUGCCGGUCUCUCCAUGGAUUCACCAAGCCCCAUGGACCCCCAGGCAAUGGACCGUGUGUUUCAGGAGGCAAUCCGAGAGGCUGGCCAAGUUCGAGAAGAGAGACUUCCCAUCAGACGUUUCCAGUCUUUGCCAAUGAGACUCUUGGGAUCCAGCCCAGCCUUAAGGAAUAUCACCAACUCCAGGGCCCUGAACAUGCCCCGAAAGAGCAUGGGUGACAUCCAGAUGGACAGCGGAGAAGACAAGGAGAAUGUGAGCUGGGCACUUGGUGGACAUGUAGUCAGGGGAGGGGCGGUGGAUUGGGAAUGCAGUGCCAUCCGAUGGUGGUUUGACCUGAUAGGCCUUCUCCUGCAGGAAGGAUUUGUCUUCAAGAUGCCCUGCAGACCAGUGGGGCACAGCCGGUCCACAGCUGCUGAGUGGGCCAGCCGGAGGGAAGCUUUUGCCCAGAGGCCAAACUCAGCCCCCAAUCUGAUGUGUUUCUCUCCAGGAGAGAAGGAACAGGACCUGCGUCUCCUGCCCCUGCGCCGCUUCUCCAUGAACCCUGCUUCUUCCAGUGGGGAAGAUGCCAGUGAUGAUGGAGAUGAUGGAUUUAUGGACAUCCUCGAAGAUGACCUGAAGAAUGAGGAGGAGGUUCCCCCGGGGAUGGAAAGCCUCAUCAGUGCUCCUUUGGUCAAGAAAGAAGAGGAGGAAAGUGGACAGUCUUUAGUCAUGCACAGCAAGUGCCGCAGACUCUUCCGCUCUCCCUCCAUGCCCAGCAGCUCCAUCAGGCCGGUCCUAAAGCGGCUGGAGCGGCCCCGGGACAAGGACACUCCGGUCAAGAACAAGCGCAGGAAGAGCGUGACCAUCCCGACCACCGCCCUGGAGGAGAAGGAGGAAGAGCCGAAACCUCGACUUCUCCGUUCCAAGUCUUUAUGUCAUGACGAAAUUGAGACCAUCUUGGACAAUGAUCCCAGAGAGCUGAUUGGGGAUUACUCUAAGGCAUUUCUCUUGCAGACGAUAGAUGGGCGCCACCAAGACCUUAAGUACAUAUCACCCGAGACGAUGGUGGCCGUAUUAACAGGGAAGUUUAGCAAUAUUGUGGAGAAAUGUGUCAUCCUGGAUUGCAGAUAUCCCUACGAGUUUGAGGGUGGUCACAUCAAGGGUGCGGUCAACCUCCCCUUGGAACAAGACGCAGAGAAUUUCCUGCUGGUGAAUCCCAUUCUCCCCAGCGAGGACAAGAGGGUCAUCUUAAUUUUCCACUGUGAAUUCUCCUCCGAGCGAGGGCCUCGAAUGUGCCGAUUCAUCCGAGAGAGAGACAGAGCCGCCAAUGACUACCCAAGCCUGUACUACCCCGAAAUGUACAUCCUCAAAGGGGGAUACAAGGACUUCUUCCCGCAGUACCCGACCUUCUGUGAGCCCCAGGACUACCGGCCCAUGAAUCACCAAGACUUCAAGGAAGACUUUAAGAGGUUUCGCCUGAAGAGCCGCACCUGGUCGGGAGAGCGAAGCAAGCGGGAGAUGUACAGCCGCCUGAAGGACUUCUGAGGGCGCGGGGAGCCAGGCUGGACCACUCUCCUCCCCCGGCCCCUCUUGUCUCCUCGCCUCCUCUCCUUCCCGCUCCCCGUCUCCCCCCGGCCGCUGGGAGACCCCCCACACCUGACUCUCCUGGGGUCUGUCCUGAAGAGGCUCCCACCCCACGUGGGGGGCCUGGUUCCUGGACGUGGCUUUUCCUCUUGCCGAAUUCCAACUUUUCCUGGGGAAAAGUCCCCCUCUCUCCCUUCUUCCCCAUUUAUUUAAUUAUUUGUUGGACUUGAACCGAGGGGUCCAACCGAGGGCCAUGCUGCCUUGGUGGUGGGUGGCAGCUGCCCGCUGUGCCAGUCCCAGGGGCUUCAGACCCGCUCUGAUGUCUAGUGGCCUACUCUGUGUGUCUGGAUCAAGGAUGCUGGGGCCAUCCUAGAUCUUAGAAGGUGCUCAGCUGGCCUCUCUACUCCGGUGGGAGGUUUUCUGCCAUGGAAUUGUCUAGGAUUUCACUCCCAUCCUGCCCAGCUAACUCCCGUGCUCCUCCUACCCACGACAGGAUUUUGUGUUUUGUGUGUUUUUUGUAUUUCUCUUUUUCAUCUUUGGCCCUUUGCCUGUUUUUUGUUUUUUGGGGGUUGAAAGGCAAGAGGAGCCUGGUUUGACAUUAGCUCAGGCCCUGUGGGGUCUCCUCUGGGGACAAAAAGGGAUCUCGCUUGCUCAAAGGAACAGUUGGGGAUGGAGUUUAGAUCUUUUUUUUCCCCUUACGCAUUUAUUUUCUUGGAUUUGAAGUUUGUGCUAUCCUGAAUCCAAAAUAGAUUGGUUAUGCAAAUUGUAUAAAAGAUUGUGCUUAGGUGGGUGGGAAGACUGUCCCAUGUGAAUGAGGGAGAAAGCUCAGGGAUCUCCCUCUGCUGACUGCUAAACAUUUCAUUUAUUUUCUGAAAACAAAGCCUCUUGAAGGGAGUUUCACUCCCCGUUCCCCCCACCCCAGCCACCUUUGAGCCCUUGCUGCUGUUUGACUAUGAAAUGGUCCAUCCCAGGGAGAAGGGCUGAGUGGGCCAUCCUCAAGCCCAGGAUACCUCCUUCUACCGUGCCCAGAAAGGGCAGUCUGCACACUUCUGUCUUUAAAAAAAAAAAAAAUUUAAAGGUAUAAGGGGGAUGGAAAAUGUCUUUUUUUGUUUGUUUGUUGAAAAAGCACUUCAUAAACUUGCACAGUAUCAAGUUGUUUUCUUUUUCCGCCCAUUUGGUGGUAGCCUGCUGGGCCUGCCAGGGGAGGGAUGGGGUUCAGGGGCUCUAAACCCAGCUGGGAUGCGAUGUAGCGUUGUAGGCAAGAAGGGGGUAGCACUCAGGCCUGCCCUCUGCCUAAGGAGGAGACCUAUAGGCUUGGGUUUUUUUCCCCUUGAAUCAGACCCCAAAGACAGUUGGGUAGAGGUGUGAGAACUGGGCACUGUGGGAGGGGGCAGACAAGAUUCAGGCAUUGUGGAAAACUUGUUUAAAGCCACACAAUGUGCCCUGGGAGGGCCUUAGGAUAGAAUGAUGCUUCUGGGCACCCGGCUGCCCAAUCUGUGUUACUGUGAACUCCCCAUCUGUUCCCUGGGGUUUCUUUGUGUGCUGGAGGAGCCAGACCGUUAGCCCUCUGGCACCUUGUCCUGAACGGGGGGCACUCAGCCACCGUCCUGCUCAGGUGUGACCUCUCUGCUGGUGUGUAUAUCCGCGUCCACAUUGAAGGCUCCCUCUCAUGAAAAGCACUUAAUCUGUACCUGUCCCAGGAACCCUGCCCAGCCUGAGUUUGUAUGUGUGUUUCUGUGACCCUGUCCAUGAGCGUGAAGUGGAUUCCCAUUUUAUUUAAAAGUGAGUAGGGCUGGGAGAGAGCCCUUUCCUAACCAGAGGACAGUUAUCACAUCUUUGUGGAAGGCUUCUCCAGCUCUCUGUCAGAAGUUAAAGGGGUUGAGGGCUUGUGACCUGGAUGGCUUUCCACCUUCCGACUUGUUAACUUCCUUUUGUUCAAUAAAGUCCUGGAAUUUAGUCA